UUUUCCAUGACAUAAAAAAAUAAAAUAAAAAUAGUCAUAAGUGGAAUACCAAUGUCCAUAAAGCUCAGUAAAAUUGAUCUCUCUUAGAAAAGCUUCGGCAAGUCCAUGGAUUCAACUGCCAUCGAGCUACUCGAAGAGUGCCGUGAAAAACUAUAUUUAUGUAGCAACGAUUAUGACGCCAUGAUAGAACACAAUCUUGAGGCGCCGGUGCCGUGGAUCGGUAUGUACAUUGCAGCCGCUUCUGCAAUAUGCUCGUUUGCUAUGGCCGCUGAUGGUUUCAGAGGCUUCAGAGGCAAGAAAAUAUGGUUACCGUGUAAGUAUUUCUCUCUCAAUGCUACUUCAUUGACACUUUUAACUGUGGCGAUGAAGCUGACUGUGGAUCUCACAAGUAGCAUGAUGGGAACCAAUGAUAAGAUUGCGAGCGUGGGCAGUCUAGUGCUGAUGUCAGCUGCUAUCGGAAAUCUCAUGACAUCUGUAGCAUCCAUGGAUAGUAAUGACAUUUUGUUGAACCUCACCGCUUUGGGCAUUUUAGUGGUGACAAUUGCAGCAAAUGUCUGCAUCCAUGAAGUGGAAACGAUUGAUGUUCUUGAUGGCAGUGUUGUGUUGGCUGAAGAAAUAGCAGCUGCUAUUUUCAUGCUUGGUUUGGUUGUGCUGUUUUGUUUUUCUUCGAUGGUGGUUCCGACCACCAAAAGGUACAUAGAAUCCAAGUACCGGGAGAUGCACAGAAUCGUGUCAAAUGAGAGGAGGGAUGUGGCUAGAUUUAGUGUUGAUGAGCUGAGAGUAGCUCUGGGAAGAUACUGGGUGAUGGCAGAAACCGGUAGCCCUCAGUUUGUGAUGGCUCGUUCUGUGAUUUCUGGUACUUGUGGUUUUAUGUGUCUUCUGAUGUGUCUUACGUUGAUUGAAACGUAUGUACGCGUGCGGCUGUUGUACAGUUAUUUUGGUCAGACGAGAUCCAAUUACAAGUGGUCGAUGAAUUGGAUAAUGUACAGUCAAUUUGUUGGAGUGGCUUUGGGAACUAUUGCUCCUUUGAUGAGAUGGUAUGUUGCUGCUUGGUUCAAGGUCUCAGAGAUAGGCCAAAAGAGUUUUAGACAAGAUUUGAAGAUUGAAAAGUAUUGGACUUCAAGGCUGGUGGAGUGGAGAGAGAGGCAGCUUCCUUUACAGAUUCCACACCAUAAGUUUAGGAAGCUGCUUCAUGAAGCAAAAAGAUUUUUUCUGAAUAUUUGCAUUGGAGUUCAGAUUUUCUUUGUUGGAACUAGCAAAAUGGUUAUCUUCAUCUCUGCUAUAUUUGGAAAAUCAAUUUUCAUGUGUUUCCACCGCAUCAACUAUUUGAAGGGACCCAAAGGUUUGGAAUCAAGGGAUGAAAUGGAGCUUGAUUUGAGCCCAUAUGUUCUGUUACUCGAAGGAGAGGCACAGCUGCCUCAAAGAAUAGUAAAAAACAUUUGCAAUGAGUUAGAUAAGUUGAUAGAGAGAGGUGAGAUGAAGAAACUCAAGAACCUAAUGAGGCUUCUCAACAAAUCUGUGAGCUUCAAUGGGGUGAAAGAAUUUGACAGAGAAGAAGUCCCAAGCUUGUAUUCUCAAGAACCUCCCAACUGCUGGUCUCUGCCAUUGGUGACCUUGACCAGCAUUGCCAUCGCGCUUCCCAACAUCACGACUAGUGAGAUUAACCAGUUAGUGAGUGGUGUUGGUGAAGGCUUGUCCCUUGUGAAACAUGUCGAGAAAACUAUGGACAGAACCGGGGAAAUGGAAGGCGUGAAAAAGGCAGCAGACACGGUGUGGGUAGGAGUCGAACUCUACAGAAAAUGGCAGGAUAAGGAUCUCCAGAAUGCAAGUCUCGGAGAUGCAAAUCACAAAGAGACGCUGCAGAGGCUUUCCAAUCUAGGAGAGAAGACAGUUAAGGAUUUCACCACUAAGAUAGAAGAUGUUCUGAUGCAGAACCCUCUGAAUUGGCCUAGCAAAGUCAUAGCUGCUAACUCAAUGUACAGAGUGACUCAAACAAUCUUGUUGGCCAACAAAGACAACAUUCACCAAACAGAUGAACAGCUCUUCGAGAGAUUAUCUGUCAUGAUUUCGGACAUACUGGCAGCUUGUCUCACCAACUUGGCGCAUGUCAUAAUCUUCAAGUGUCACAACUAUGCGACCAAAGACAGGCAAGAAAGUGUGAGGCAAGCUGCUGUUCUUCUAGGAGAGAGUCGAGAGAUUCUUCAAGCUCUGCAGCAUUAUGAUCUUCCGAGUUUGGAUCAUGAGAAAGCAGCUAGUAUUGAGGAGUGGAGGGCAUCUAUGGUGCACUUUCAGUAACAGCAAACGUGGCAGCAUUACACAGACACAAUGAGCCUAUUUAAAUUCGUGGUCAAAGAAGAAACAGCCUUAGGCAUAGAUGGAGAAGAAGCAAGAAGACGAAAAGAAGACAAAAUUACAAGGGCUGCCGGUGGAUACAAGCCCAUAUACACAGUACAAAGACUUGGAGGAUUACAAGAAACAAGCUUACGGCACUGAGGGCCAUCUCCAACCCAAUCCCGGCCGUGGCGCCGCCGCAUCCACCGACGCCCCCACCACCACCGCCGCCGACGAUCCCAACAAGCAACUCUCGUCCACCGAUGCCAUAAACCGCCAAGGCGUCCCUUAGUUUCUUUUUUUUUUUUGUUCCAACAUGUAGACUGCAGCAGUUGGUGCUGCUUUUUCACUUCCACUUACAGUGGUAGCUGAUGCCGUUACUUGUGCGGAUUAGCAGCCUUUAUAUCAAGCAACAUAGUAGCUUUCAGAUUGGAGAAUA